AUGGCCCUCUUCGCCAAACUGGCAACCUAUCCUCCACUGGCCCAGGUCACGGUCGUCCCUCCGACAAGAGACAAAUUCAACUUUACAGUGGUCCUCGAGUCCUCGAAAUCAUUGCCUGAAAGACCGUGGGAGGUUUCGAUAUGGUACGAUCACACGAGCUACUCCGGAACCAAGGCUCCCUGGCAUGCACUCGAUCUGAAACUAGUCGACAACACUCCAGCGGUCCUUUAUGACGACACUCAAACAGAUAAUUACCGCUACACAUUUUCGGGAGAUCUUGACAGCCCCUUCGUCUCGACUGACAAAACUUACAAGGGUCGAAGAGUUCCGUUUACCGUCCGCUACCGAGUAGAUCCUAAUUCAGAAUGGUCCUGGGUCUAUCACAAUUUUGGUAUCCGUGAUGGUGAGCUCAUUCUACAACCUCCGGUCGACCCCAACUUCCUCGGCGCAUCGCCUGUCGAAGUUGGUGAAGGUUGGACUCUUAGGAAGACUCCGAGCGAUGCGCCAGAAGCGCGCUUAUAUACCAUCGAAUCGGCUCACCCGAUCCCUUCCCCGAGUCAAGGCAAUGCCAAAGUCGAGUCACUUGUCCUGGGCAGAGUGACCCAACUCUGCCGAUGGUUUGCGUUGGUGCGGAUAUGGGAACCAUGGUUUGCCCCUCGGCAUGGCGAACAUCAACUCCAUCUGUCCGAGCCGGCGAUAUUACUGUCCUUCCUGCGAUACGAUGGUCUGCAUGUCGUGAUCCUGGCCAUCAACGGUAUUGACGACGUCCUCACUCAAUUUGGGUCGACGCACGAAGGCGAGAUCGUGGUCCAAGCAAGAAAUGACUCCGGCCGAGGUCGCAAGUUCAAGGUCCUGGCGGCUUCGGCAUGGAAGUUCGAAGUCGCAAACGCCGCCGUCAUGUAUGAGAUGCGAAAGCUCGUUCGACAGACAGCAGCCUAUCAGCAAACCCUUGAACGACUGGACCAGCUGCCGAAGAGCAUCAGGUCACAGUCUCUCGACUCGGACACGGUUCUGGUCAAUCACGACAAGCACUCGUUGGACAACCCUACAGUGAAUCCACAGUGGUUGGCAAGUUGGUACGACAGCCUUGCGUAUUGUACAUGGAAUUCCCUUGGGCAAGAUCUGAAUGCCGAAAAGAUCAUGGCAGGGUUGGAUUCCCUCGCACAACACCAGAUUUAUAUCUCGACCUUGAUCAUCGACGACAACUGGCAGUCCCUUGAUGGCACUCAAGGCGCGACCAACCAGUUCCAUCGAGGCUGGAAGGACUUUGAAGCCAAUCCACUGGGAUUCCCCGACGGACUCAAAUCGUCAAUAGACAAAAUCAAAAAGACUCACCCAAAGAUACGUGACGUUGCUGUUUGGCACGCCUUGAUGGGGUACUGGGGCGGGAUCUCCCCGGAAGGCGACAUUGCGAAGAAGUACAAGACGCUCGAAGUCACAUUCCGCGACGGAACGCCCAUGGCCGGACGGAAGCUCACCAUCCAUCCGGAUGACAUCCAUAGAAUGUACGAUGACUUCUACCGCUUCCUGUCUCAUGCCGGAGUCACUGGCGUCAAAACUGACGUUCAGUUUGCACUCGACCUCCUUGCAGACACACCUGAUCGACGGGCCUUCACCAACGCCUAUCAAUCUGCGUGGACGCAAGCACACCUACGCCAUCUUUCUGGUAAGGCCAUCUCGUGCAUGUCGAUGAUCCCUCAAAUCCUCUUCCACAGCUUCCUUCCCGUCACGACACCAAGGAUUCUUCUCCGUAAUAGUGACGAUUUCUUUCCCGAUGUUCCGACUUCUCACGCCUGGCACGUCUUUGUCAACGCGCACAACGCUUUAUUCACCCAGCAUCUCAAUGUACUCCCUGAUUGGGACAUGUUCCAGUCAAGUCACCCGUACAGUGGCUUCCAUGCCGCGGCACGUUGUGUAUCCGGUGGGCCUAUCUAUAUUACGGAUACCCCCGGGCAACACGAUGUGGAUUUGAUCCAUCAAAUGACUGCUCUGAAUCCGAGAGGACAAACAGUCAUCUUGCGUCCUAGCUGUGUUGGCAAAACUAUGGGCGUCUACGACAAGUAUGACGAGAAGGGUGUUCUCAAGAUUGGCGCGUAUGAUGGCAGGUCCGAGGUCGGAUCCGGGAUUCUAGGGGUAUUCAAUAUCGCCGAGUCGGAAACCAGCUUCAUCCUGCCAAUCACGAAAUUCCCUGGCGUGAAUGCAACAGCCUCGACGCACGGAGGAACGGAGGUUUCAAGCAGGAGAUGGAUAGUCCGGUCGCAUAUCUCGAAACGCAUCACGCCCCCAAUCCAUCCCACCGAUCCGAUUCGACCAGAAAGCUUACUUCAAUGUACGUUACUGCCGCGUGGCUACGACGUCUGGACGUCUCUCCCCGUACACUCUUUCCAUCUCCCAGCCACGAAUUCCGAUGUCGAUAUCGCUAUCCUGGGCCUUCUGGGUAAAUUCACUGGCGCAUGUGCAAUCGUCGAGUCAAGCUUCAACCAUGCGGAAGUAGAAUCUCACUCUGCCACUCCUCGACUCAAGAUACAUGUGCAGUUAAAGGCCCUUGGUGUACUUGGCAUUUGGAUUUCAGACGCCCAGUCUCGACAGCGCAAGGUGGAAGAUAUGAUGGUCAUUAUCCAAGGACAGGCCGUGCCGCAACAUGUUGUUGGGUUUGAUGCAGAAUACGGACCCGAAGGAAGUGGCGUCCUCGAAAUCGACAUUGCCUCGGCAUGGGAUGAGAUGGAGCUGGAGCCUGGAUGGAGCAAUGAGGUCGGCGUUGAUGUGUUUUUGCAGUGA